AUGCAGCAGGGCCGGCCAUCCCUCUGCUGCGUCUCCACCAUCCGCAGCUCGCAGGGACCACCCGAGCCAGCCGCCGCUGCCGCCACCGCUCACUUCAGCUUCUGCCGCAGCCUCCUGGAGCACACGGUGUCGGCCGAAAACCUCAGCUACCGCCUGCAGCGGAACCCGGGCAGCAGCCUCACCUGGCACGACGGCCGCAGCCAGCGCCCCGACAGCGGCCGCACCGUCAAACUCCUGCGGCAGCCGGGCACCGAGGGCUCGCAGGUCCGUGGCUGUGACCACUAUGGCAUCUACCACACCAGCCCCACGCUGGGCAGCCUGGUCAAGCCAGUGGUGCUCUGGACCCAGCAGGAUGUGUGCAAAUGGCUGAAGAAGCACUGCCCACACAACUAUCUCGUCUACGUCGAGGCGUUCUCCCACCACGCCAUCACAGGCCGGGCGCUGCUGCGGCUGAACGGGGAGAAGCUGCAGCGCAUGGGGAUCGUGCUGGAGACGCAGCGCCAGGAGGUUUUGCAGCAGGUCCUGCAGCUCCAGGUGCGAGAGGAGGUGCGGAACCUGCAGCUGCUCAGCCAAGAUUUCACCAACACUGUGAACCGAGCUCCGCUGGGAUGGGCUGUGCAGCGCCGAUACGAGACCUGAGCCACACGCUUGGAAUAAGAAGAGACAGCUUCCCAGACACUCCGGGGCUCCUCUCCUGCUUCUUCCUUCUCUUUCUUUUAAAGGAAUACAUUCCUGUGCAGGGAUGGAAGGUUUCUUCCAGCGGACAUGUCUCCUGGUUGGAGGAAAAUCAGCAAACCAGCUGCUGGGACAGAUGAUGAACUUCCAUCCACCUGAGCCUGACGAUUCGCAGGGAAAGAAAUGGAAAAAAAAGGAGAUGGCAACAGGCAGGGCUCAGCACUGUGGAGAAAGGGAAUGCAGAGGUUCCAGGGACAGCACGGAGCCAUGUGCAGGACACUGAAGCAUUAUGCACUUGGGCAACAUCCCAGCACCCGGCAACUUGUGUCCGUGCCUCGGAGCUUAUUUAGGGAGCUUUGGUUUCCUCAUCAGACUGGGCUGUCUUCCAGCAUCCGGGGAGGUGACGUUAUCGGUAGCAAAUGAGAUGAUACAACCAGCCAAAAAAAUUCCAAGCGGGGCCAAGACCCCAGCACCCAGCUCCACUUGGUGAGUUAAAAAGGGAGCUGAGUCACCAGGGCUGGAAAAUCUGUGAGUAAGGGCAGGAUGGGUGCGCCAGGAGGGUGUCAUGGCCUGGAGGAAGCUGUGCCAGGAGUUCAUCCUUCACCUGUGGGCAGGCAGGGGAGCCCCUGCAGGGGCUGGGGGAGCAGGCAGAGGUGCUGUCAUGUGGAGCUGGGUGCUGCCAGGUGGAGCUGGGUGCUGCCCAGGGUGAU